GUGUUUCAGUGUACGUACUCGUACAUAUUAAUCACAUAAAAUGCCGUUAUAACAGUCUGUUACCAUUUUUUCAAUCUUUGGCAGUACUCGCGGUAGACAUGAAACCUAUAGUGGCGCUUUGUUUCAUGAUUCUGUUAGGGCAAGUGGUAGCGAGGCCACGUGGACCGUGCGGCUGCAAACCGAUGUUCGAAUUUUGUGCCAACGACUACACCACGUACCACAGCAUCUGCGAGUACAAGUGCAAGCAUCCCUACACCCCGUUCCAUGACUGGUAUAUUCUGUACGACGGGCCUUGCUUCUCGACGUCGGAGACUACAACUCGUGCGAGUACCACAACUAAACGGAGGCGAAGUACAACUACCUUCAAUCGUCCGGACGAUUCGUUGACGACGAGUAAUAAUAUAAAUGGAUAAACUAAAUAAUUACGUUGCUUGCAAAUAAAAAUUCUAAUGGUGAAUAAUAUAAUAAAAAA